UUGAGUUGCUUUGAUCUUCUCUCUUGCCGCAUUAUCUUUACCACCCGUUUUCACUUCUACGCUCAUCUCGACCAAAGAGGAAACCAACAAUGUCCAGCAUGAUACGGUUGUUCCUGCUCCUUGCUGCUGUGGUCUUUAUCUCCGAAGCUCUGCUCAAUGAAGCAGGACAGAGAUGUUUUUGUCAAAAUGUCAAGAACGGCUUCAUGUCAAAGGACCGCAUAAAGGACAUCCAGAUCUACCCAGCAACUGUCUUCUGUGACAGAGUUGAGAUUGUUGUUUCUGAGACUAGCGGCCUGCGUUACUGUCUGAAUCCUAAGCCGAAGGCUGUGAAGAAGAUUGUGAGUGGGAUAAUCUCCAGAAGGAAACGGCAAACCCUCAGAUCCAAACGCGCAUCCUCUGCUACCGCUGCCGUCUAACUUUCAUCUUUAGCUUUUGGUUCAUCAAGAGACGUGCAUUUUAUCGUGCACACACAAGUUAACUAUUUAUUUCUAUUUAUUCUCAGGUGGACUUACAGUCCAUCAACUUUAUCACAGCAUUAUGUUCUGUGGAUGUGAAUCCUCUUUUGUUAUGUCUUGUAGAUAUAUAUAUAUAUACUAUGACUAUGUUGUACAUUUUUCAAUGUUUCUUUUUA